AUGGAAGAAAAAACUCAGAGUCAUCACACUAGCAAACACAAACACAAACACAGUCCCAAUUCCAAAUCAAGAACACCACCACUUCUCCACAAGCCUCCUCCUUUUCACCAUGUUCACACCAAUCCUCUUCCUUUACCUUCUUAUCCCCAACAAAAUCUCAAUCUUUUCUCCUCCAAUCUCCAUUACUAUUACUACUACUGCUUCUACUCUCAAUUUCACAACUCUCUUCCUCCUCUUCUCCCUCUCCCUCCUCCUCCUUUACUUUCCCUCCCUCCUCCUCUUCAACAAAGAUUCCACAAGUCUCUCUCUGUUUCUCCAGUUGUGGAGAGAAAGCAACAACAGCAACAUCAACAGCAGCAGAAGAAGAAACAAGUUUCUGAACAUGAAUCCAACAGUAGAAACAUCAAAGUGAGUGGGUCCAUAGGAACAGAACUAGCAGAAGAAGCAUUAGUGGUUGCUAAAAGACCUGACUCUGGAGGUCAACAAGGCUCUGUCAUUUACCUUCUCGCCAACCAUAUUCUUGUCAAGUUUGAUCCUUUACAGAGGAUUUACCAUUACAACGUUGACAUCUCUCCACAACCUUCUAAAGAAAUUGCUCGGAUGAUCAAACAAAAGCUGGUGGAGACCGAACAGAGCAGCUUCUCCGGUGCUGUCCCGGCGUUUGAUGGUAGGCAAAACAUUUAUAGCCCUGUGGAGUUUCAGGAAGACAGGCUUGAGUUCUUUGUUAAUCUCCCUAUCCCAUCUUGCAAAACUAUGGUGAAGAACGGUGACUUGCUAGAGAAGCAAACUCAGAAGAAUCAUAUUGAUAAACUGUUUAAGGUUAACAUGAGGCUUGUGUCUAAGUUUGAUGGUAAGGAACAGAGGAAGGAAGGAGAAGAUUGGGCUCCUCUGCCUCAAGAAUACGUUCAUGCUCUUGAUGUUAUCUUGAGAGAGAAUCCAUUGGAGAAGUGUACAUCGAUGGGAAGAUCGUUUUACUCAAACUCUAUGGGUGGAUCUAAAGAGAUUGGAGGAGGAGCUGUUGGACUCAGAGGGUUUUUCCAGAGUCUCAGACAGACUCAGCAAGGUUUAGCUCUUAACAUGGAUCUCUCAAUCACAGCAUUCCAUGAAAGCAUUGGAGUGAUAGCUUACUUGCAGAAGCGGCUAGAGUUUCUCAAGGAUCUUCCUAGAAACAAAGGUAGAGAAUUGAGUUUGGAGGAAAUGAGAGAAGUGGAGAAAGCUCUAAAGAACAUAAGAGUCUUUGUUUGUCAUAGAGAAACUGUUCAAAGGUAUCGUGUUUACGGGUUAACAGAGGAGAUAACAGAGAAUCUAUGGUUUCCGGAUAGAGAUGGGAAGCAGUUAAGGCUUAUGAGCUACUUCAAAGACCACUAUAGUUAUGAGAUUCAGUACAAGAACUUGCCCUGUCUUCAGAUUAGUAGGACAAGACCUUGUUACCUUCCUGUGGAGCUGUGUAUGAUCUGUGAAGGUCAGAAGUUUCUUGGAAAGCUUUCUGAUGAUCAAGCUGCAAAGAUCAUGAAAAUGGGCUGCCAAAGACCAAACGAAAGGAAAGCUAUUAUUGACAAUGUCAUGGCAGGACCGGUCGGUCCAUCGAGCGGAAAGCAAACGAGAGAAUUCAACCUAGAGGUUGCAAGAGAGAUGACAUUGCUGAAAGGAAGAAUACUUCAGCCUCCAAAGCUUAAACUUGACCGGCCAAAGAAUCUUCAAGAAAGUCGAGUCUUUAAAGGGAUCCGAGUCGAGAGAUGGGCUCUGAUGAGUAUAGGAGGCAGCACGGAUCAGAAAUCUACCAUUCCAAAGUUCAUAAACGAUCUGACUCAAAAGUGUGAGCAUUUGGGAGUCUUCUUAAGCAAGAACGCAACAAGCAGCAUCUUCUUUGAGCCAUCACACAUACUCAACAACAUCUCGCUUCUCGAAUCGAAACUGAAGGAGAUUCAAAGAGCUGCGUCUAGCAAUCUCCAGCUGAUUAUCUGUGUGAUGGAGAGAAAACAUAAAGGGUAUGGAGAUCUAAAGCGGAUAGCAGAGACAAGAAUCGGCGUUGUGACGCAAUGCUGCUUAUACACUAACAUCACUAAGCUCAAUUCUCAGUUUGUGUCAAACUUGGCUCUCAAGAUAAACGCCAAGAUUGGUGGAUCCAUGACUGAGCUCUACAAGUCGUUACCUUCUCACAUCCCAAGAUUGUUUAGACUCGAUGAGCCAGUGAUCUUCAUGGGAGCUGAUGUAACGCAUCCUCAUCCGUUUGAUGAUUGUAGCCCUUCGGUAGCAGCUGUGGUUGGGAGCAUAAACUGGCCAGAAGCUAACCGUUAUGUCUCGAGAAUGAGGUCUCAGACUCAUAGGCAAGAGAUCAUUCAAGAUCUUGACUUGAUGGUCAAGGAACUUCUUGAAGAUUUCUACAAAGCCGUGAACAAGCUUCCCAAUCGGAUCAUAUUCUUCAGAGACGGUGUGAGCGAGACUCAGUUCAAGAAAGUCCUCCAAGAAGAGCUUCAGUCCAUCAAGACCGCUUGUUCUAAGUUCGACGGUUACAAUCCGAGCAUCACGUUCGCAGUGGUCCAGAAACGACACCACACGAGGCUGUUCCGGUGCGAUCCUGACCACGAGAACAUCCCUCCUGGAACGGUGGUUGACUCGGUGAUAACACAUCCGAAAGAGUUUGAUUUCUAUCUCUGUAGCCAUUUGGGAGUGAAGGGCACGAGCAGGCCAACGCAUUAUCACAUCUUGUGGGACGAGAACGAGUUUACUUCAGAUGAGCUGCAGAGACUUGUGUAUAACUUGUGUUACACUUUCGUGAGGUGCACGAAACCUGUUUCUAUUGUGCCACCGGCUUAUUACGCUCACCUUGCAGCUUACAGAGGAAGGUUGUACAUUGAGAGAUCAUCUGAAACUAAUGGAGGAUCAUUGAAUCUUUCUUCUGUGUCACGAGUUGGUCCUCCCAAGACGAUUCCAUUACCUAAAUUAAGUGAUAGUGUUAAGAAUCUCAUGUUUUAUUGUUGA